AUGGCGUCUGCGUUAGAAAAUUUAGAAACACAAUUAGAACUUUUUAUUGAAAAUGUUAGACAAAUACGUAUUAUAGUGAGCGAUUUUCAACCUCAAGGACAAAAUGUUUUAAAUCAAAAAAUUCAAGGUUUAGUAAAUGGCUUGCAAGAAAUAGAUAAACUCAAAUCUCAAGUUCAAGAUGUACAUGUACCUUUAGAGGUUUUUGAUUACAUUGAUCAAGGAAGAAAUCCUCAGUUGUACACUAAGGAUUGCAUAGAAAAGGCAUUAACUAAAAAUGAACAGGUGAAAGGUAAGAUCGAUGCUUACAGGAAAUUUAAAGCGAACAUGCUUGUAGAGCUAACUAGAGUUUUUCCACAUGAGUUGGCUAAAUAUAGAGCAAUACGUGGGGAUGAAUGAACCGAAAAUGA